GGCGGCGAGGAGGUGGGAUGCAAGCGCCGGAGCCCAAGUCGGAGGGCGAGCGGAGAGCUCAAGUUCGCAUGCCAUUGGCGGGCGACGCGCAGGCGCGUUCGCUCAGACGAGCCGAAUGUUUUGAGGGGAGCGGGGGCAGGAGGCGGAGAGCGUGCGGGGGUCGUCGCGCAUGGGCAGACCGUGCCCGCUUCUGGGUCACUCUGACUUCUUCCUCCGGAGACCCAGGCUGUGCGGGCACGCCGCGUUUGAACCGGAAGCGGGAAUAGUGGCUGUCUACUCGGCUGGAGCCGCUGUGGACGCGGGGAAAGGCGAGUGGAGCGGGAUUUAGGCUGCAGCCGCCGCCUCCGCUUUGGGAAAUUGCACUCUGGCCGUUCGAGUGCAGCGGUAGAUUUGAUCUACGAGCAUCUGUUGAGGUUUAAACUAGAUUGGCGUGCGUUGGAGCGCGGAGUGUGGAAUUACUUUUGCUGGAGCUGGAAUUCUGGCUGACAUCUGCAGCCGCGCUGUACAGUCUCCCUUGUGAUUAUUCUGGCCUGUGGUGAGCACUCAAGAGCGUUCGCUGCUGUUCUUGCCGGGUACCGAGAAAUUUUAGACUUUUUUUUUUUUUUUUUUUUUUUAAAGAGUGGCAGAGGGAGAGUGAGGAUCUCAAGCCGGCUCCAAGCUCAGCGCUGGGCUGGAUCGGACGACCCUGGGAUCAUGACCUAAAAAGAAAUCGAGCGCCCCAUGCUCAAAGGACCGAGCCACCCGUGUGCCCCGCUAGGCACAGACAGUAAAAGGACCCUUAGAGCUCAGGGGGAUAAUCUGAGAGAGAACUGUGACGGCAGAGGAGCAAAUGAGGUUGUGUGGUAAGACCUCCAAUUGUUCAGUUGCCCCCGGAGGGGUAUGGUAGGUGCCUUGCAGACAAGGAGAAAUGCAUGUAAAGGCAUAAAGUGUGGAAGGUAUCUGAAGCUCCAGGGUGAGGUCUGGCGUGGAAUGAAAGAUGUGGGCAUUUUCAGCAUGGUGGGGUCUUAGGGAUGGAUGCUCAACCCUGGGAGAGCAUAGGUUGAGAUGUAAGGACACAAAGAUCCUCUUGCAGGUGUGGGUGGAAGAAGAACCAGCAAAAAAGAUUAAGGAAACAAAGGGAAUAAUGAUAAUUGGUAGCAACGGUUGGGCAUUUGCUGUGUUCCAGGCACUGUGGUAAACACGCGCAUGCACCCUUACAAAACCUUUGAAGUAGGCACCCUUACAAUACCUUUGGUAUUGUUUUUUAUUUUAUCGUUGACAGAACUGACGUUAGAGGAAAUAGCUAUCUUGCUCAGGCUUAUACAGUUUGUAAAUGGCAGGACGAGGAUUUGAACCAGUAUGAUCUAAGUACAGAGCCCACACACUAUUACACCGGGAAAGAAUGGCAUGCCAAGGGCAGAAUUGUAUGCAGGAAGAUGAGGUGUAGGUAUCGUUGUCAAAUUCUGUAAAGGGACCAACUUGAUGGAGAUCUAAAAAGGGACAUUGGAUUUGCCAUUUCAGAGGUUGUUGCUUAGGAAAUGUGUAUUGUUUAACUGCUUGUUGGUAGUGGAAUGUAGAUAGUUCUGGAUGAAUGUAUUAAUCAAAUUCUACCUGAUCUGUUGACUCUCUUGCUGUAGCUGACUGCUUUGUAAUUCUUUGGUUUUCUUUCACUUCCUCCAACAUACCAUGCACUUUUCCAUUUUAAGACCUUUUGGUGAUACUAGUCUCCGCUGAAAUGUUGGCCCUCUAGCUGUUUCAUUGAUUGGUACCCGUUCAGAUCUUGGCUUUGUUGUAACCUCUGCUGGGAUGUGUUCCCUGGCACCUUAUCAAAAGUGAUCUUCUCCAUUGUUAUUGUAUAUUGUGUUUCCUUUGAGUCAUUUAUCAGUUUGGAAUUAUACAUUGAUUUUUCAGUGUACUCGUUUGUCGUCACUCUCCCUCACCACUUCUGACUCCACAAGGGUAGGAUUUGUGUCUCUUACCUGUAACAUAGUACCUCGAACACAGUAGUUGCUCAGUAAAUGUUGCAUGUAUCAGUGAUUGAACAUUUCCUGAUUGAACUGUUGUGUUUUCUUGAAAGUAAUCCAUUUUUGGGAAACGGAAGAGAGAAAAAUAGAAAGAAGCCAGCAGAAAAAUCACAGCUUUAAAAAAGAAAAUUUGAGGGCUACAUCUUCCUGGAAGUGUCACGUGUGACGUUUUCUGAAAUUCUGAACCAUGAGUCUAGCACUUAACGAUCUGCUUAUUUGCUGUCGUCAAUUGGAACACGAUAGAGCUACAGAACGAAGGAAAGAAGUUGAGAAAUUUAAGCGCCUUAUCCGGGAUCCUGAAACCGUUCAACAUUUAGAUCGACAUUCAGAUUCCAAACAAGGGAAAUACUUGAAUUGGGAUGCUGUUUUUAGAUUUUUACAGAAAUAUGUUCAAAAAGAAACAGAAUGUCUGAGAACAGCAAAAGCAGGUGUAUCCGCCUCAACACAAGCCACCAGGCAGAAAAAGAUGCAAGAAAUUAGUAGUCUGGUCAAAUACUUCAUCAAAUGUGCAAAUAAAAGAGCACCCAGACUAAAAUGUCAAGAACUCUUGAAUUACAUCAUGGAUACGGUGAAAGAUUCGUUUAAUGGUACUGUUUAUGGAGCCGACUGCAGCAACAUACUGCUCAAGGAUAUUCUUUCAGUGAGAAAAUACUGGUGUGAAAUAACUCAGCAACAGUGGCUAGAGUUGUUCUCUGUGUACUUCAAUCUGUACCUUAAACCUGCACAAGACAUUAAUAGAGUUUUAGUGGCUAGAAUAAUUCAUGCUGUGGCCAGAGGGUGCUGUUCGCAAACUGAUGGAUUGAAUUCCAAAUUGUUGGAUUUCUUUUCCAAAGCUAUUCAUCAUGCAAGACAAGAGAAGAGCUCUGCAGGUCUAAACCACAUCUUAGCAGCGUUUGUUAUCUUCCUCAAGACGUUGGCUGUUAACUUUCGAAUUUGUGUGUGUCAGUUAGGAGAUGAAGUUCUUCCUACCUUGCUUUAUAUUUGGACUCAACACAGACUUAAUGAUUGCUUAAAAGAAGUGAUUAUUGAAUUAUUUCAGCUGCAAAUUUAUAUCCGUCAUCCAAAGGGAGCUAAAACCCAAGAGAAAGGUGCUUAUGAAUCAAAUAAAUGGAAAAGUAUCUUAUACAACUUAUAUGAUCUGCUGAUUAAUGAGAUAAGUCAUAUAGGAAGCAGAGGGAAAUACUCUUCAGGAUCCCGUAAUGUUGCUGUCAAGGAAAACUUGAUUGACCUGAUGGCAGAUAUUUGUCACCAGGUUUUUAAUGAAGAUACCAGAUCAUUGGAGAUUUCUCAAUCUUACGCUAUCACACAAAGAGAACUUAAUGAUUACGGUGCAACUUGCAAAAAGAGGAAAAUAGAAUUAGGCUGGGACGUAAUAAAAGAUCAUCUUCAGAAGUCACAGAAUGAUUUUGAUCUUGUGCCUUGGUUACAGAUUGCAACCCAAUUAAUAUCAAAAUAUCCUUCAAGUUUACCUAACUAUGAGUUGUCACCAUUACUGAUGAUACUGUACCAGCUUCUGCCUCAGCAGCGACAUGGGGAGCGCACGCCAUACGUGUUACGGUGCCUUGUGGAGCUUGCAUCGUGUCAAGGCAAGAAAUCAGACCUGGAAAGCUCACAGAAAUCAGAUUUAUUGAAACUCUGGACUAAAAUUUGGUCUAUUACUUUUCGUGGUAUAAGUUCUGAACGAAUACAAGCUGAAAACUUUGGCUUACUUGGAGCUAUAAUUCAAGGUGGUUUAAUUGAGGUUGAUAGAGAAUUCUGGAAGUUAUUUACUGGGUCAGCCUGCAGACCUUCAUGUCCUGCAGUGUGCUGCUUGACUUUGGCCCUGACCACCUGCGUUGUUCCAGAAACAGUAAAGACAGGAGUGGAGCAGAAUACAUGUGAAGUAAAUAGAAGCUUUUCGUUAAAGGAAUUGAUAAUGAAAUGGCUCUUAUUCUAUCAGUUAGAGGAUGACUUUGAAGACAGUACCGAGCCGCCCCCAGUUCUUCACAGUAAUUUUCCUCAUCUUGCACUGGAGAAAAUUCUUGUGAGUCUCACUAUGAAAAACUCUAAAGCUGCAAUGAAUUUUUUCCAAAGAGUGCCAGAAUGUGAACAACACCACAAAGAUGCAGAGGAGUCUUCGUUCUCAGAAAUUGAAGAACUGUUUCUUCAGACAACUUUCGACAAGAUGGAUUUCUUAACGAUUGUGAAGGAAUGUCCUGUAGAAAAGCUCCAGUCCAGUGGACGCAUUUCUGUCCACCAGAACCUUAAGGAAUCACUGGAUCGCUGUCUUCUGGGGUUAUCAGAACAGCUUCUAAAUAACUACUCCUUUGAGUCUACAGAUGCAGAAACGCUUAUCCGAUGUUCAAGUCUUGUGGUGGGUGUUCUUGGCUGCUAUUGUUACAUGGGUGUAAUAGCUGAAGAGGAAGCAUAUAAAUCAGAGUUGUUCCAGAAAGCCAAGUCUCUCAUGCAGUGUGCCGGAGAAAGUAUCACUGUGUUUAAAAAUAAGCCCCAUGAAGAAUCUAGGAUUGUCUCACUGAGAAAUUUGAUGCAUCUCUGUACGCGUUGCUUGUCUAACUGUACCAGGCCCAGUCCAAGUAAGAUUGCAUCUGGAUUUUUCCUGAGAUUGUUGACAUCAAAGCUAAUGAAUGAUAUUGCAGAUAUUUGUAGAAGUUUAGCAUCCUUCAGCAGAAAGCCAUUUGACUAUGGAGAAGUGGAAUCAGUGGAAGAUGAUCCUGAUGAAAGUCUGAUGGAGGCGGAGGAUCAGUCAUCCAUGAGUCUAUUCAGUGAUUACCCUGCCGGCAGUGUUAGUGAUGCUAACGUAUCUGGAGAGGGUCAAAGUACUAUUGGUGCCAUGAAUCCUUUAGCUGAAGAACAUCUUUCAAAGCAAGAUCUGCUUUUCCUCGACAUGCUCAAGUUCUUGUGUAUGUGUGUAACUAGCGCUCAGACUAGUACCGUGUCAUUCAGAGCAGCUGACAUUCGGAGGAGACUGUUAAUGUUAAUUGAUUCCAGCAUGCUGGACCCUGCUAAAUCCCUCCACCUGCACAUGUAUCUAGUGCUCUUAAAGGAGCUUCCUGGAGAAGAACAUCCUUUGCCGAUGGAAGAGGUUGUUGAACUCCUAAAGCCACUAUCCAACGUGUGUUCUUUGUAUCGCCGUGACCAGGAUGUUUGCAAAACAGUUUUAAACCACGUCGUUCAUAUAGUGAUGAACCUGUGUCAAGGCAGUAUGGAUGCUGAAAACACAAGGGAUGCUCAAGGGCAGUUUCUAACAGUGAUCGGAGCGUUCUGGCACUUAGCAAAGGAGGGGAAAUGCACAUUCUCUGUAAGAAUGGCACUAGUAAAAUGCCUUAAAACUUUGCUCGAGGCUGAUCCUUAUUCAAAAUGGGCUAUUCUUAAUGUGAUGGGCAAAGAGUUUCCUGUGAACGAAGUCUUUCCACAUUUUCUUGCUGAUAAUCAUCAUCAAGUUAGCAUGUUGGCCGCAGAGUCCAUCAAUAGAUUAUUCCAGGAUAUGAAGAACAGAGGUUCUUCCACAUUAUUGAAAGCACUUCCUUUGAAGCUUCAGCAAACAGCUUUUGAAAAUGCAUACUCGAAAGCUCAGGAAGGAAUGAGAGAAGCCCACAGAGCUGAGAACACUGAACUCGUAGAUGAGGUUUAUAACAGAAAAUCUGUCCUGCUGAUGACGGUGGCUGUGAUUUUAUGCUGCAGCCCCGUCUGUGAGAAACAGGCUUUAUUUGCCCUGUGCAAGGCUAUGAAAGAGAGUGGAUUAGAACCUCACCUCAUUAAAAAGGUUUUAGAGAAAGUUUCUGAAACUUUUGGGUACAGACAUUUAGAAGACUUCAUGGCUUCUCAUUUGGAUUAUCUGGUUUUGGAAUGGCUGAAUCUUCAAGAUACUGAACACAGCUUAUGUUCUUUUCCUUUUAUUUUAUUAAACUACACAAAUGUUGAGGAUUUCUAUAGAUCUUGUUACAAGGUUUUGAUCCCACAUCUGGUGAUUAGAAGUCGUUUUGAUGAGGUGAAGUCCAUUGCUAAUCAGAUUCAAGAGGAUUGGAAAACUCUUCUAACACACUGUUUUCCAAAGAUUCUUGUAAAUAUUCUUCCUUACUUUGCCUAUGAGGGUACAGGAGAAAGUGAGACAGCACAGCAGAGAGAGACUGCUACCAAAGUCUACGACACACUCAAAGAUGAAAACUUACUAGGAAAACAGAUUGAUCACUUAUUCCUCAGUAAUUUACCAGAGAUUGUUGUGGAGUUACUGAUGACGUUACACGAACCAGCAACUUCUGGUGGCAGCCAAAGCACUGACCUCGGUGACUUUUCAGGGGAUUUGGACCCUGCUCCUAACCCACCUCAUUUCCCAUCACAUGUGAUCAAAGCAACGUUUGCCUAUAUCAGUAAUUGCCAUAAAACCAAGCUUAAAAGCAUCUUAGAAAUUCUUUCCAAAAGCCCUGAUUCCUAUCAGAAAAUUCUUUUAGCCAUAUGUGAACAAGCCGCUGAGACAAAUAAUGUUUAUAAAAAGCACAGAAUUCUGAAAAUAUAUCACCUAUUUGUUAGUUUAUUACUGAAAGACAUAAAAAGUACCUUAGGAGGAGCGUGGGCCUUUGUUCUUCGAGACGUUAUUUACACUUUGAUUCAUUAUAUCAACAAAAGGCCUUCUCGUUUCAUGGACGUGUCGUUACGAAGCUUCUCCCUGUGUUGUGAUCUGUUAAGCCGGGUUUGCCACACAGCAGUCACUUACUGCAAGGAUGCUUUAGAAAAUCACCUUCACGUCAUUGUUGGUACACUCAUACCCCUUGUGGAUGAUCAGAUGGAGGUUCAGGAACAGGUAUUGGACUUGUUGAAAUAUUUAGUGAUAGAUAACAAGGAUAAUGAAAACCUCUAUAUGACAAUUAAACUUUUAGAUCCUUUUCCUGACCAUGAUGUCUUUAAGGAUUUGCGUCUUACUCAGCAGAAAAUUAAAUACAGUAAAGGACCCUUUUCACUUUUGGAGGAAAUAAAUCAUUUUCUCUCCGUGAGUGUUUAUGAUGCACUUCCCUUGACAAGGCUCGAAGGGUUGAAGGACCUUCGCAGACAGCUGGCACAACAUAAAGAUCAGAUGAUGGAUCUCAUGAGAGCAUCUCAGGAAAACCCACAAGAUGGCAUAAUGGUGAAACUAAUCGUCAGCUUGUUGCAGUUAUGCAAGAUGGCAGUGAGCCACACUGGUGAAAGAGAAGUUUUAGAGGCUGUUGGAAGCUGCCUGGGAGAAGUGGGUCCUAUAGACUUUUCGACGAUAGCUAUCCAGCAUAGCAGAGAUACAUCUUCUACCAAGGCCCUGGAGUUCUUUGAAGAUAAAGAACUUCAGUGGACCUUCCUAACGCUGACCUACCUGAAUAAUACGCUAGUAGAAGAUUGUGUCAAAGUGCGAUCAGCUGCUGUUACCUGUUUGAAAAGCAUCUUAGCCACAAAGACUGGACAUACUUUCUGGGAGAUUUAUAAGACGACAACUGAUCCCAUGCUGAUCUAUCUACAGCCUUUUAGAACAUCGAGAAAAAAGUUUUUAGAAGUACCCAGACUGGACAAAGAAAGUCCUUUAGAAGGCCUGGAUGAUACGAGCCUGUGGACUCCUCAAAGUGGAAAUCAUGACAGUUGGAUAAAGAGGCUGACUUGUGCAUUUUUGGAUAGUGGAGGCACAAAGAGUGAAAUUCUUCAAUUAUUAAAGCCAAUGUGUGAAGUGAAAACUGACUUUUGUCAGACUGUGCUUCCAUACUUGAUUCAUGAUAUUUUACUCCAAGAUACAAAUGAAUCGUGGAGAACUCUGCUGUCUACACACAUUCAGGGAUUUUUCACUAACUGUUUCAGACACUCCUCACAAACGAGCCGAUCCACAACCCCUGCAAAUUUGGAUUCAGACUCAGAGCACUUUUUCCGAUGCUGUGUGGAUAAAAAGUCCCAGAGGACCAUGCUUGCCGUUGUGGACUACAUGAGGAGACAAAGGAGACCUUCCUUAGGAACCGUUUUUGAUGAUGCUUUCUGGCUGGAGUUGAAUUACCUGGAGGUUGCUAAGGUGGCUCAGUCUUGUGCUGCUCACUUUACAGCAUUGCUCUAUGCGGAAAUUUAUGCAGAUAAGAAGAGCACAGAUGACCAGGAGAAAAGAUGUGCUCUUGUGACAAACAGAAGCCUUAUGUUUGAAGAAGCAAGCCAAAAUACAACGAUUUCUAGUUUGAGUGAAAAAAGUAAAGAAGAAACUGGAAUAAGUUUACAGGAUCUGCUCUUAGAAAUCUAUAGAAGUAUCGGAGAGCCAGAUAGCCUGUACGGCUGUGGUGGGGGGAAGAUGCUCCAGCCCCUUACCAGGCUGCGAACGUACGAGCAUGAAGCCAUGUGGGGGAAAGCCCUGGUGACAUAUGACCUUGAGACGGCAAUCUCCUCAUCCACCCGCCAGGCAGGAAUCAUCCAGGCCCUGCAGAAUUUGGGACUCUGCCAUAUCCUUUCCGUCUAUUUAAAAGGAUUAGACCUUGAAAAUAAAGAGUGGUGUGCAGAGCUGCAGGAGCUCUGUUACCAAGCAGCAUGGAGGAAUAUGCAGUGGGACCACUGUGUUUCUGCCAAUAAAGGAAUGGAGGGAACCAGUUACCAUGAAUCCGUGUACAAUGCUCUACAGUCUCUGAGAGAUAGAGAAUUCUCCACAUUUUAUGAAAGUCUCAAAUAUGCCAGGGUGAGAGAAGUGGAGGAGCUGUGUAGGGGCAGCCUCGAGUCCGUGUACUCGCUCUACCCCACCCUCAGCAGGCUGCAGGCGAUUGGAGAGCUCGAAAACAUCGGGGAGCUUUUCUCCAGAUCGGUCCCCGGUAGGCAGCCCUCCGAAGUCUACGCUAAGUGGCGGAAACACUCCCAGCUUCUCAAAGACAGUGACUUUAGUUUUCAGGAGCCCAUCAUGGCUCUCCGCACAGUCAUUUUGGAGAUCUUGAUGGAAAAGGAAAUGGAAAAUUCCCAGAGAGAAUGUUUUAAGGAUAUUCUCACCACGCACCUUGUAGAACUCUCCAUACUAGCCCGAACUUUUAAGAACACUCAGCUCCCCGAACGGGCAAUAUUUCACAUUAAACAGUACAACCCACCUGGUCGUGGAGUCUCCGAGUGGCAGCUGGAGGAGGCCCAAGUAUUUUGGGCAAGAAACGAGCAGAGUCUCGCCCUGAGUGUCCUCAAGCAGAUGAUCAAGAAGCUGGACUCCAGUGGUGCAGAGAAUGAUCCCAGCCUAAGACUUCUGUACACAGAAUGUCUGAGGGUUUGCGGCACCUGGUUGGCGGAAACUUGCUUAGAAAACCCUGCGGUCAUCAUGCAGACCUACCUGGAAAAGGCAGUGGAAGUUGCUGGAAAUUAUGACGGAGAAAGCAGUGAUGAGCUUAGAAAUGGAAAAAUGAAGGCAUUUCUCUCAUUAGCACGGUUCUCGGAUACGCAGUACCAGAGAAUUGAAAACUACAUGAAAUCAUCAGAAUUUGAAAACAAGCAGGCUCUCCUGAAAAGGGCCAAAGAGGAAGUGGGCCUUCUUAGGGAGCAUAAAAUUCAGACCACCAGAUACACGAUAAAGGUGCAGCGAGAGCUGGAGCUGGAUGAGUGUGCGCUCCGUGCCCUGAAGGAGGAUCGUAAGCGGUUCUUAUGUAAAGCAGUUGAAAAUUACAUCAGUUGCUUAUUGAGUGGAGAAGCGCAUGAUAUGUGGAUAUUCCGUCUUUGUUCUCUCUGGCUUGAAAAUUCUGGAGUUUCUGAAGUCAAUGGCAUGAUGAAGAGCAAAGGAAUGAACAUUCCAUCAUACAAAUUCCUGCCUCUUAUGUACCAGCUGGCUGCUAGAAUGGGGACCAAAAUGAUGGGGGGCCUAGGAUUCCACGAAGUCCUCAAUAACCUUAUCUCUACAAUUGCUAUGGAUCACCCCCAUCAUACCUUGUUUAUUAUACUGGCUUUAGCAAAUGCAAACAAAGAUGAAUUUUUGACCAAACCAGAGGCGGCAAGAAGGAGUAGAAUAAGUAAAAAUGCACCUAAACAAAGCUCUCAGUUGGAUGAGGAUCGAACCGAGGCUGCAAACAGAAUAAUAUGUACUAUCAGAAGUAGGAGACCUCAUAUGGUCAGAAGUGUAGAGGCACUUUGUGAUGCUUACAUCAUAUUAGCAAACUUAGAUGCCACUCAGUGGAGGACGCAGAGAAAAGGCAUAAAUAUCCCAGCAGACCAGCCAAUUACUAAACUGAAGAAUUUAGAAGACGUUGUUGUCCCAACUAUGGAAAUUAAGGUGGAUCCUACUGGAGAAUAUGGAAAUCUGGUGACUAUACAGUCAUUUAAAGCAGAAUUUCAUUUAGCAGGAGGUUUAAAUUUACCUAAAAUAAUCGAUUGUUUGGGCUCUGAUGGAAAGGAAAGGAGACAGCUUGUCAAGGGCCGUGAUGACCUGAGACAAGACGCCGUCAUGCAGCAGGUGUUCCAGAUGUGUAACACGUUGCUGCAGAGAAACACCGAGACCAGGAAGAGGAAAUUGACUAUCUGUACAUACAAGGUGGUUCCGCUUUCCCAGCGAAGUGGAGUUCUCGAAUGGUGCACGGGAACCGUCCCUAUCGGUGAAUUUCUUGUUAACAACGAGAAUGGCGCUCAUAAGCGAUACAGGCCGAAGGAUUUCAGCGCCCUUCAGUGCCAAAAGAAAAUGAUGGAUGUACAAAAGAAGUCUUUCGAAGAGAAAUACAAAACCUUCACGGAUAUCUGCCAAAAUUUUCAACCGGUUUUCCGUUACUUCUGCAUGGAAAAAUUCUUGGACCCGGCUGUCUGGUUCGAGAAACGACUGGCUUACACGCGCAGUGUGGCUACUUCUUCUAUCGUCGGUUACAUACUUGGACUUGGUGAUAGACACGUACAGAACAUCUUGAUAAAUGAGCAGUCCGCAGAGCUCGUACACAUAGAUUUAGGAGUCGCUUUUGAACAGGGUAAAAUCCUGCCUACUCCUGAGACGGUUCCUUUCAGACUCACCAGAGAUAUUGUGGAUGGGAUGGGCAUUACUGGUGUUGAAGGGGUCUUCAGAAGAUGCUGUGAGAAAACCAUGGAGGUUAUGAGAAGCUCUCAGGAAACCCUGUUGACCAUCGUGGAGGUCCUCCUGUACGAUCCCCUCUUUGACUGGACCAUGAAUCCUUUGAAAGCUCUGUAUUUACAGCAGAGGCCGGAGGACGACGCGGAGCUCCACUCCACUCCCAGUGCGGACGACCAGGAGUGCAGACGCGGUCUCGGUGACAUCGACCAGAGUUUGAACAAAGUGGCCGAACGCGUCCUGAUGCGGCUCCAAGAGAAACUGAAAGGGGUGGAGGAAGGAACCGUGCUCAGCGUCAGGGGGCAGGUGAAUCUGCUCAUACAGCAGGCCAUGGACCCCAAGAACCUCAGCCGGCUCUUCCCGGGAUGGAAAGCGUGGGUGUGAGGCAGCACGUGCCUCGCCCUGCGGUUCAGCCUUUAGAAAUGACAUCGCAGCCUUCAUUUUUAACGCAGCCGGCGUACUUGGAAUAGGCGUUAAUGUACAACCAAAUGAACUGUGUACUGUGUUUUUUAAAAAUGUUUAAUACUUGCCUUGGUCACCAGAAGAUGCCUCGACAGUCUCCACGAAAAUCUCUUCUCUCACAUUUUAGAAGUGUCGUUCAUGCUGUACUUCUGGGCUGAACAUGUAUUUUUUCUUCCCAAGUACAUACUUGUGUUGUUCACAGUAGAACCACUGACUUCUGCUUCAGCUUAAGGGCAGGAACAUAACUGACAGUGAAUUAGAGGAAAUAAAACUGCUAGGUUUGAGGUAGCUUUUAAUUAAAACUUGUUUCUCAGGUAUUAUGUAUGAAUAAGUUAUUUGAUAUUUAUAAAGGGAAAAAACUUUUACAAUUGUAACCGUUUAUAUAUCAUAGUAAAGCUACAAUAAAAUUAAGCAAUGUUGAGGGGCACCUGGGUGGCUCACUUCGUUAAGCGUUGACUUCCGCUCAGGCUGUGAUCUCACAGUUUGUGAGUUUGAACUCAGCGUUGGGCUUUUUGCUGACAGCUCAGAGCAUAGAGUUGGCUUCAGAUUCUCUGUCUCCCUCUCUCUCUGCCCUUCGCCCAUUUGCGUGCACGCUCUCUCUCUCAAAAAUAAGUAAAUUGAAAAAAAUAUAAUCAACGUUAAAAGCAAAUUAGUACUUAAGAAACAUAUUUGGGUUUUCAGUAGGAAGAUUCCUCAGCGUUACUAGAUUGUGAAGUUGUUACGUUAUGGAGAACAGAUUUCAAAGACACGGUAUCGUUUCUCUUUUUAAAAAUGUAUACUGGCCCUUCUCAUUCUAUUCUCUUCAUCUUUGAAACCCUUCUGUGCUCUUUUCUCUUUCUCUGAUGACUUGUAUCCCUUUUCUAGUUUAUGAAUUCUCUUGUUAGCAUGCAUAAUCUCCUUUUUAGAUCAUUCAUCGGGUUUCUUUUUUCAGGAAUAAUUUUUCAUUCUUAGCUCUGAAUCAUUCGUCAGAUCUGUUACUUGUUUUGUAACGUCCACUUGUUUUUAACUUUUCUGUUCUUUUUCUGUCACUAAUCAUUUCACACAUCCCUAUUUUAUAGUCUCUCUAAUAGUUCUACAUUAAUCACAUUCCUGCGCUUGUAAGGUCUGUUGAAUCUCGUAUGUGGCAGACUGUUGAUUCGUGUGUCUUGUGAUUUUGUAAGGUGAGCUUCGGCUGGGCUUUCUCUGUGGGAAUCCUGAGUGACCAGGGUUAAGAACAGUUCCUUCCAGAUUAGGUUUCUGGAGAACUCAUCUUGAAAUGAUUAUUUUGCAUUUCAGAUAACCAACUUAAUCUUGACGUAUCUUUGUCUUAUACACUGCCUACAUGAAUAAUUUGGUAUAUAUAGGAAGUUUUAUUACUAUAGUGAAUCGAGGGAAUGUAGUAAACUUACGUCUUUAUGAAAGCCUUGGAAUCUUCAUGGAUGGAAUAAGAGAUUAUGAGCUAGAUGACAGUAUAGGUAAAUGAACUGUGGCCAAUUCGUGCUAGUUGAUGCAUACAAAGAGCUUUGAAUAACAUUAAUCUACGCUUCAGCCUCGAGGUGCCUUGAGGUAUGCUGUAAGUUUUCUGUCCUGUUGCACAUAUUCUUAUUAUAAUGGCUUUGUCCAGUCUGCCAAAUUUGCAGAUAACAAAUGUAGGAGGAAGAGUUAAUUCACAGGAGGUAGAAUUAAGCUUCUCAAAGAUUCUGACAGGAACACUGUCUGGAAAUGAAUAUACAAUUUGUUGCAUGCUGAGUACCGGAAAUAUAUGCAGCAUCUCUUGGAAGAUUAGUGAUUUUAUCCCAGUUUACAUCUGGAGAAAGUGAAGUUGAGAGAAAGUAAAAGUAACCUGUCCAAGACCGGAAUAUAGUACAGUGAAGGUACAAGUGUAAAUGGACAAUCUCUGACUUUAGAAGCUUUCAAGUAAGAAGAAUCUAGUCGUCACCAAUUGCUCAAUGAAAGCCAAUAGAAAGGCUAAUAGAUUGUAGACUGAACACUCGUGUCUAGAUUAAGGGAGAGAAAGCGCUGCCUCAUUCUGUGGUCAGUCCCGCUCUCCUUACAGUAUAUACUUAAAACAUAUGCACUUAGAAAUACGGUAUGAAGGAAAUAGGAAAAGCUGUGGGUUUCUUAGUUACAGUAGGCAAUUCUUUAAGAAAGUAGAAAGCUAGUAUACUGACUUAAAAUCUAGAAAUAUAUGCCAUUUCAAGUAUUUUAAUUGCACUUUAAUGAAAUUAUAUAUUUUCCGUAGAUUGAUUUUAGUACCAUUGAAUGUAUUUCUUAAAGCCUGUUGCACUGUUCCCUGUUUUUGAAUAAAAUGUUCUAAAAGAAAAUA